AUCUGCAUGUGUAUUUUCCUAUUGAUCUUUAAUCUAAGUAAUGAGCUAAUGCUUUUAAAAUAUCUUAUAUAUAAAGAACUAUAGGAAAGCUUAGUAAAAUAGAAAUCAAAAUUACUUUCCUUUAGGAGUUCCUGCUGUGGUGCAACGAGUUUGGAAGCUGCUUAGGAGUGUUGGGACACAGGUUCAAUCCCCCUCCCAGCACAGUGGACCCAGAGUGGCUCUGGCUUAGUUCAAGGCUGUGACUUGGAUCUGAUCCCUGGCCUGGAAACUCCAUAUGCUGUGGGGUGACCAAAAAAAAAAAAAAAGUUACUUUCCUUUAUCAUCCUCCUUAUGAUACAUGGGGGAUGUGUGCACCAUUUAUAAUUUAUAAUUCUUUCAGCUCAUUUACUGUUGUACAAACCAUAAGAAGUAGAUCAGCAUAUCUGAGUGAUUUUUAAAACCACAAUCAGGUGUUGGUUUUCAUUACUAUACUGGUCAAUUCCCCAUGAGGCAGUGGUCUUCAGUAAUUUCUUAUAAUCUUAACAUCAUUUUGGAAGCAACUACAUUACUUUUAACUCUUUAAGUGGUAAUUUAAAUUUAUAAACUGGCUAGAUAUAGUCAUAUAGAUUUAAAAAAAAAAUACGUCCUAGUAGGAUAAUCCUGAAGGUUUAAAAAUAUUGAAAAUUGUUGAGUUCUGUACCAAUCUAUUUAUCUCCCCAUAUUACUUUCACAUGAUUAACUCUCUCAUUUUCUAUUACAGGCACUCCAUAUCUAGCAUUUCUAUCAUGUACUUAUUUAAUUGCUAUCUCAAAGGUCUCAUUUAGGCAUCUGUUAGGAAGAAUUUUAAUUUUCUUCAUUUCCCCAUUUUUCUUGAUACAACUCCCUGUAUUGUUGUUCUCCUCUUAAUAAUCAUUACUUCUAAUCAUUGCUACCAGGAAUAUCUCACUAAUCAUUUCAUAAUUCAUUACUCAAGUGGUGCACUGGAAACUCAGGUCUCCUGAGUUUAAAUUUUUAUGAUUCUAUUUUUUAGCUCUAUAUCUUUCAAAAUGACCCUUAUUGAACUAUCUUUUGCUUCUUAUUAAAAUCUAAUAAUAAUUUUUUCUAUCAUAAUGCUCUUUUCAGAAUUAUAUCUACACAUCUGCCAGUACCUAUAAUUUAGUGUGGAAAUCUUAUUUUAAUAUCAUGUUGUUCACCUUCCCUCACUAGAGUAGAGAGGCUGAAAGCAUUUCAAGGUAAGGCAUUUCAGCAUUUCAGGUGUAAGACAGCUUAAGAAAUAAGUUGCACCUAUAUUAAGAAGAUGUGUCACUUGUUUGAGAAAUAACUUUUAGAAAGAGCACUAGGAAACGACCUGGGAAUUCAAAUUCAAAGGUGAAUGGUUGUGGUUCUAUUAGAUAUCGUGUGAAGGGACUCAUCAAGGUGGCAGAGAAGACAGAUGAUGUAACAUGAAUCUGCUUGGGAGUGGGAAUGGGGAAGUUUUAAUUUGGAAGUGCUCAACCUUAUUAAGAGUUGUAGUACAUCUUCUAUGUUAAGUAAGUAGUAGAUAACAGACACUUUAAAAUAUGUAAAUAAAGCAUUUCAGGAUGGCUCCAUGAUAAAUUAGGGGUUCAACUUGGAUAGUGUGUUUUUUAAGCAAAUUCAUCCUUGUUCACAUAUAGCAAUCAAAACUAAAAAGAAUGUUGAGAGAGCCUUAGGAUUUACUUGUAUAAGAUUGUCUUGGGUUACAUAUUUUUAUCACAUUCUGUGAAAUUUAAAAUUUUUAAAUUUAGAUAGUGCUCCAGGAUCAUUUGAUAUACUUUCUCAAAAUGGGAAAAGAGGACAUAUAAAUGAUGAAGCAAAAUGUAAUCAAUUCUUUUAAAAGAUUGUAUUCUUCAAAUCGUAUUCAUGACACAUAUCUUUUCAGAUCCAUUUCAUUUACUAUUUUAUGAUUUUUUAAAUUUUUAUUUUUAUUUAUUUAUUUUUUUAUUUUCCCACUGUACAGCAAGGGGAUCAAGUUAUUCUUACAUGUAGACAUUUUUUCCCCCACCCUUUGUUCUGUUGCAACAUGAGUAUCUAGACAAAGUUCUCAAUGCUAUUCAGCAGGAUCUCCUUGUAAAUCUAUUCUAAGUUGUGUCUGAUAAGCCCAAGCUCCCGAUCCCUCCCACUCCCUCCCCCUCCCAUCAGGCAGCCACAAGUCUCUUCUCCAAGUCCAUGAUUUUCUUUUCUGAGGAGAUGUUCAUUUGUGGUGGAUAUUAGAUUCCAGUUAUAAGUGAUAUCAUAUGGUAUUUGUCUUUGUCUUUCUGGCUCAUUUCACUCAGUAUGAGAGUCUCUAGUUCCAUCCAUGUUGCUGCAAAUGACAUAAUGUCAUUCUUCUUUAUGGCUGAGUAGUAUUCCAUUGUGUAUAUAUACCUUGUCUUCCUAAUCCAAUCAUCUGUCGAUGGACAUUUGGGUUGUUUCCAUGUCCUGGCUAUUGUGAAUAGUGCUGCAAUGAACAUGCGGGUGCAUGUGUCUCUUCUAAGUAGAGUUUUGUCCCGAUAUAUGCCCAAGAGUGGGAUUGCGGGGUCAUAUGGAAGUUCUAUGUAUAGAUUUCUAAGGUAUCUCCAAACUGUUCUCCAUAGUGGCUGUACCAGUUUACAUUCCCACCAACAGUGCAGGAGGGUUCCCUUUUCUUCACAGCCUCUCCAGCACUUGUUAUUUGUGGAUUUAUUAAUGAUGGCCAUUCUGACUGGUGUGAGGUGGUAUCUCAUGGUAGUUUUGAUUUGCAUUUCUCUUAUAAUCAAUGAUUUUGAGCAUUUUUUUCAUGUGUUUGCUGGCCAUCUGUAUAUCUUCUUUGGAGAAAUGCCUAUUCAGGUCUUUUGCCCAUUUUUCCAUUGAGUGAUUGGCUUUUUUGCUGUGGGGUUGUAUAAGUUGUUUAUAUAUUCUAUUUUACAAAAAUCUGUAAAAGUGAAGAAUGUUUAGUUAUUAUGAGUUUGGCUUAAAAUCAAAUAGAAAAUGUCACAGAGACUACUGGAGAAAAGACAGCUUUCAGAAAAGAAACUGAGGUCAUACAGGACAUGAAAUGUUAGGUGUGUAUGCAGUAUUAACAUGUUGUAUUUACCUUGAAGUACAAUAUUUUCUAUGACAAACAAAUUUCUUCAUCUCUUUGUGUCAUUUUUCAUUACUAACUAAAAUAAACUUUUUUGUUUCCAAAUGCUUAUCUAUACAUUUGGGGUUUUAACACAAGAUGUCGAGGGUAUACAGAUGUUAGAGAAAUCUAGACUGAAAUCUCUGGAGGCAGAGGUAAAGAAAAAUUUUCAAUAUAUAUUUUAACUUUUAAAACUCUUCAGUUCCCAGUGGAAUACCAGUGUAACAUAGAAAUUUUUGAUCCUUUGGGAUUGGUGUUCUUAGAUGUCAUAUCCUCCUGAGGUAUUUUCAUAAUCAUUAGCUAUUUUCCUUCAGGGCAUAGAAAGCAUAAAUACUCCAUAUAAUUAAGUGUUGAGUAAUUUGAUAUGGCACAGUGGGUAAUACUUAGAAAUGUAUCAAUAUAUAAGUAAAUUAUAGUAAUGUGGAAAUGUAACACACUGGUCAAAAAAUCUGAAGAAAUUCUAAUUAUAAAUCAUUUAUAUUUACAAAGUUGGCAAAGAUAGAUGAGAAAGAAAUUAUAAAUUGAGAAGUAGAGUGAAAUCCAUUUAUAGAGGAAAGGAAUAGCAGUGUGCUGUGUUCAGCAUCGUAAAAAAAGGAGUUAAAUAUUGAAGCAGAGAUGAUUUUUUUCUGAACAAAUCUGUAUAUAUGUCUUCUUCAAAAAAGAUGGAGAUUUUAAGUAUUUUUGGCAGACUGCUUUAGGACUCAAAAAGAUGAAAAGAUUUGGUAUGUCUAAAGUUCAAAGAUCAUAUUUCCUGUUAGAUAUGUUUUCACCUACCUUUGUUCUAUUUUAUUAUUAUGUAUUAACCUCCUUUUCUCCAACCUUCGAAAUACUGAUUUAAGGAAAAUUGUGAAAGAAGAUAACAUGGAAUACAAUCAUAAUUUGAUAUUGAAUAACUUCUCCUGUUAAAAAUUUUCUCACAUCUACAAUAUCUUACACAACUAAACAUCACUGCAUUCAUAGACAUGACUCCUUUUCAUUUUAUAAUGUGAAUUUUGUUAAUUUUUUUAAAGUGUGUGUUUAGAAGAGUUGGUGUGGGCAAUUUUUUUUUCUUUCUUAGCCCACCCAUGGCUUAUGGAAGUUCCUGGGGCCAGGAAUUGAAUCUGACCGUAGCUGUGACCUACACCACAGCUGUAGCAACACCAGAUCCUUAACUCACUGUGCCGGAUCCUUAACCCACUGAACCCACACCACCACAGAGACAACUAACCUGCUGUGCCACAGUGGGACCUCCAAAAUUGUUGAAAUAAGACAAGAAGAAAUUUGACAUGGUAUAAUUCUGAUUUAAGUCUUCAGAUAUCAGCAUCCUAGAGCGAAGCAUUCUUACAAUUGUUGCCAUUGAGUCAUUUGCAUAAAUGAAAAAAAAUUAAAAUAGAUUGCUUCAUAAUCAUGUGAAUGUAAAAGGGAUGUCAAGAAUAAUAAUAGCCAUUUCUUUUACCCAUAUAUGUCUGUCUACAUUAUUAAUGACAUGAUUUUGCAGCUGAUCUCAUUUCUCAUUAUCUUAUCUCAGCAUCCCCUGUCAACAUCUCUGAAUGUUACCGCAAACAACCUUUAGCUGUGUGUGUGUGUGUGAAUGUGUGCUGUGUGUAUGCUAGUUAAAUGCAAAACAUGGGUUAAUACACUUGUAAGAACAGGCAUCAUUUUCCUUUUAUUACGCAAACCUCUUAAUUGAAAAGGAAACAAUAUUCAACCCAUCUUGCCAAAUAUCAAAUGUGGAUAAAACAUUUUUCUAUCUUUAAAAGUCCCUCCAAUGACCCUUUAAUUUAUUUAGACUCAGCAAUCAAUACAUCAUAAAGGUUAUUUUGUGGUACAAUUGCAAACUAAAGAUUGAAUUCUCUGUCCAGAUACUCCAGAAAUGCAAACUCUUGUUCUUCAUGACAACCAUCUUUAAAACAUGAAUGAACAUUGUAUUGUUCUAUUUGAAAUAUAUCUUUGUUAACUGCCUUCAACAGUAGUAUUCAUUGUUAUUUUUCAUUGGGAUCAUUGUUAUCUUCUUUUCUUGUUUUUUUUUUUUUUUCCUUAUGUAGACCUGGAAAAAUAGAGGAAAGUAAUGGGAAACCAUACAAGAGUGACCAUAUUUAUUCUAGCAGGUUUGACCAAUGACCCACAACUGAAAGUUGUAUUAUUUAUCUUCCUUCUUCUCACCUUCUUACUAAGCAUCACUGGAAAUCUGAUCAUUAUCAUACUCACCCUGGUGGAUAUUCACCUCAAGACCCCCAUGUAUUUUUUCCUUCGGAAUUUUUCCUUCUUGGAAAUUUUCUUUACUGCUACAUGCAUCCCUAAAUGUCUUGUUGUGAUGGUAACUGGGGACAAAACCAUUUCCUAUAACAACUGUUUCAUUCAGUUGUUUUUUGUCUUCCUUCUUGGAGCAUCUGAAUUUUACUUGCUGGCAGCAAUGUCCUAUGACCGCUAUGUUGCCAUCUGUAAGCCCCUGCAUUACACAACCAUCAUGAACAGUAAAAUCUGCAUUCAGCUUGUCCUCAGUUGUUGGCUUGCUGGGUUCUUUACCAUCUUUAUACCUCUCCUCCUAGUUCUAAAGCUUGACUUUUGUGCUUCCAACAUUGUUGACCACUUUCUGUGUGACCCAACUGCCCUCCUGCAGAUCUCCUGCUCAGACAUACAUCCCACUGAGACCAUGGGAUUCAUCUCAGCUGUGGUGACACUUGUGGUCACGUUAGCAGUGGUGAUAAUAUCAUAUACCUAUAUUGUAUUAACAAUUCUAAAACUCCCCUCAAGUAAUCAGAGGAAAAAAGCUUUCUCAACCUGUUCGUCUCACAUGAUUGUGAUAUCCCUUUCUUAUGGCAGCUGCAUCUUCAUGUACGCUAAACCUUCAGUCAAACAAAGAGUAUCUUUUUCCAAGGGAAUCGCAGUGCUCAGUACCUCUGUUGCACCACUUUUGAACCCUUUCAUCUACAGUUUACGGAACCAACAAGUGAAAAAUGCCUUUGUGAAUAUGAUACAUAAGAUUGUUUCUUUCUCAAACAAGUGAAUAUGCUAUUGCUCUAUGUGUAAAGGAAAUGAACAAAGGAGUCUCUGUUAAUAACAGUUUGUUUUUAGCUUCUUCCCUUUCUCUCUCUCAUUUGGUAUUGAUCUUUAUCUCUUUUUACACUUUAUUUUCACAAAAAUCUUUGUUCCAAAGAAGCUAAUUUUAUUUAUAUUCUUAAAUAGAAACUUUUUCCUCAUCUAAUUUCCUUUUCCUGUGAUUAUAUGAAAGAAGUUAAUGUAGUUUUUUCAGUCUUUUUUUGUCUUUGAAUUCUAGGUAAUCAAGAAUGUAAAAUAUUUUUCAUUUAAAUUAUAUCUAAUGUAGCAUGGAAUAUAAAUAUUUUUACCAUCUUUUAUUUGUAUUUAGUUACUACCUACCCUUAAGACUAAUUAAUAUUCUUUUAUAUUUUUGUAAUACUUUCAAUUCAUUGAUGUACACUCUAUUCAAUGAAAUGAAAGAAAAUUGUAACAGAUUAGCUAUUAGAGUUUAUGUUCAAAUUAGAAAAUAUUUAUUUAAAAAAUGACUGUUGGAGUUGCUGUCAUGGCUCAAUGGUUAACGAAUCCGACUGGGAACCAUGAGGUUUCUGGUUUGGUACCUGGCCUCACUCAGUGGGUUAAGGAUCCGGCAUUGCUGUGAGCUGUGGUGUAGGUCGCAGACGUGGCUUGGAUCCCACGUUGCUGUGGCUGUGGCGUAGGCCGGUGGCUAUAGCUCCGAUUAGACCCCUAGCCUGGGAACCUCCAUAUGCCGCAGGAACGGCCCAAGA